UAAAAGUAAAUCUAAGUCUAGUUACAAGUAAAUCAAAAGCAACAAACAAAAAUGAAUGCUGCACCUACACAACAUCGCGCCCGUGCAAAUCCUGUGUCUCCGCAUGCCAUCCUAUAUCCAACCACAGACGUGCGAUCGCCAACCGUGCACGGUUCACGCGUCUACCAGGGAUUAAAGACAUCAGAGAAUGAAGAAAUGGGUUGUGUCGAGAUACUCGCAACCGCGGUUUCCAUCCUCAUCAUGAUACUCACCUUCCCCAUCUCCGUGUUUGUCUGCUUCAAAGUGGUCUCCGAGUAUGAACGCGCAGUCAUCUUUCGCAUGGGUCGACUGCGAAGCGGUGGCGCCCGUGGUCCGGGCGUUUUUUUCGUGCUACCUUGCGUCGAUGACUACUGCAAAGUAGAUCUUCGCACCGUCUCGUUUGACGUGCCGCCACAGGAAGUGUUGUCUAAGGAUUCGGUAACCGUUACCGUGGAUGCAGUGGUCUACUAUCGCAUUAGCGAUCCUCUCAAGGCUGUGAUACAGGUGUCGAAUUAUAGCCACUCAACGCGCUUGCUUGCUGCCACAACACUUCGGAAUGUACUCGGCACACGUAACCUGUCUGAAUUGUUGACAGAACGCGAAACUAUUUCGCACACAAUGCAAGUGUCACUGGAUGAGGCAACCGAUCCGUGGGGUGUAAAGGUUGAACGUGUGGAAAUCAAAGAUGUGUCACUACCAACAGCAUUACAGCGCGCCAUGGCAGCCGAGGCAGAGGCGGCGCGUGAGGCGCGCGCAAAAGUGAUCGCGGCCGAAGGAGAAAUGAAAUCAUCGCGUGCAUUGAAGGAAGCAUCGGAAAUUAUUUCAGCGAGCCCAUCCGCUUUACAGUUACGCUAUCUACAAACCCUCAGCAGCAUUUCAGCCGAAAAAAACUCAACUAUCAUAUUUCCCUUGCCCAUGGAAUUAUUGACGCCGUUUCUGGGGCACUGCUCAGCGAAUUACACGUGCCGACAACACGCCCCUCAAGGAGGAAACCAUCAGUGACGAUUACUGCUAGGGGAGUAUCUUAACGCUCUGAGUCUGUGUGAAAUCACCCAUAAUCGGAUACCCCAACAAAAAUAGUUCAAAGGCUCUGGGAACGGUGAUGGUUGCAAUGGCAUUCGCAGUCACCACAAAACCAAAAAUUUACAAUAAU